UCUUCAUUUCGAGUUUGUUCUUUGUUUCUUGCUAUUGAAUUUGAGGGAAAUCAUCGUUUUCUUUUUUAGUCUUUUCUCUUUGAAUUCAUCUUCAUAAUCCUGAAAGUGAUUAAGUUGGAACGCCCAAAUCGAUGUCGGCUCGAUUGGUGAAGAAGGUUCUGAACGAGCAACAACAACUUUCCCAACAAGUGAACGAAGAAGAAGAAGAAGAGCACGAGAAUCAGCUCAACGGUGAAGAUGAAGAUUCCAACGCUCGUUCUUCCAUCAACCCCUUCGACCUCCUCAACGACCAAGAUUCCGAGCCUGAACAACAGGAAGAUGAGUUGACAUACACAAAUGAAACAUUGGCGAGAUAUGAUGAUAAAGGGGAGUCAUCUUCAUCUAAAGGAGGCACUGCUGCGGUUUCGGCGUCUAAUCCAAAAUCAAAGAAAAAGAAAAAGAAGAAAAACAAGGAUAGUGCUGUUGCCGCUAAAACAGGAGGUGAAAAAGAAUUGGACUUGAUUCUAGAAGAUUUAUCUUUGGAUGUCAACUCUUCGGGUGAGCAACAUUUCUCUACAAAAGGUAGAGCAGUGAAUGCCAAAGACCGGAACAAAUCUGUUAAACAGAAUGUGAAUUCCAUAUUACAAGUGGAUCCAAAAUAUUUGAAUGCCGAAAAUGAGCUGAGGAGAAUAUUUGGAUCUAAGGUUGUGAAAUCAUUUGAGAGUAGCAAUCAAGCGAGCGGUUCUAGGCAGAUAAGAGGGGUGAGGCGCGGACACUAUAAUCUUAGAAAAACUGUUCUUGUCACUCCAGCAAACCAUUGGCCUCGGUGUGACGAUUCUUUGUCCAUGGAAUUUCUGGAAACAAAGGAUGGAUAUAACUACUUUAGAUAUACACACUCAUCAUCCUACUCCCAAACUCAGAGCGCGUUUGAAGCUGCCAAAGCAAUUAGUGACAUAAAUGGCAUCGCGAGAGUAUUACAGUACCAUCCUUAUCAUCUUGAUUCCCUUCUAACAAUGGCAGAAUAUUUGAAGGUAGUGGGUGAACAACAGAUGUCUGCAGAUGCCCUUGCCAAGUGUCUAUAUGCCCUUGAAUGUGCAUGGCAUCCCAUGUUCACUCCACUGCAGGGUAACUGCCAAUUGAAGUUCAGACAUGAUACGAACAAACCUAUAUUCUCAGCUCUUUUCACUCACAUGAAAAAUUUGGACAGGCGUGGCUGUCAUAGAUCUGCUUUAGAUGUCUGCAAAUUGUUGCUUUCGCUGGAUUCUGAUGAUCCCAUGGGGGCUAUUUUCUGCAUCGACUACUUUGCUUUAAGGGCCGAGGAGUAUGCAUGGCUGGAAAAGUUUUCUGAAGAUUAUCAAAGUGAUAACUCCAUUUGGUUGUUUCCAAAUUUCUCUUAUUCUCUUGCCAUUUGUCGGUUUUACCUUGAGCGCGAGGCCUCCAAACAGGAUUCUAUAGAUUCUAAAAUGGCUUCUUCAUCUGAUCUUAUGAAACAAGCAUUGAUGCUUCAUCCUUCAGUCAUAAAGAAGCUAGUGGCAAAAGUACCAUUGAAAGAUCGCACAUGGACAGAUAUUCUUAAGCAUGCCUUUUUCCGAUCAGAUCAAACAGGAAUUCCAUCUCAAGAUCACUUGAUUAAUAUAUAUGUUGAGAGAAAUUAUCUUAUAUGGAGGCUUCCUGAUCUGCAAAAACUGUUAAGUGAUGCUGCAAAACUAGUGAUCGAAACGCUAGAAAAUAAUAAAAGUGAAAUUAAGGAUUGGACUUGUGUCAGAAAAGAAGCAUUUUCAUCUGAGAAGAAUGAGUAUGGACAUUUGUUGGUAUCUGAUUUCUCUGAUUCAGUGACAUCAAUUCCACCAGAAAAUCUGCAACACUUUAUGGGAGUUCCAGGGGUGAGGGAGGAGGCUAUGCAGGACGAGAACCAAUUUGCUAAUCUGCAUGGCAAUGGCAAUGCUCCUCGUGGUGUUACAAAUAGAAAUGCAUUAGCUGUUUUAUUUGAGUCAAUGCUACCGUGGGUUACAUACGAGGAUAGGGAGGAUGGCGGACAUGUUGAUCACCAACCUGAUGACCGCGGACAUGAUGAUCACCAACCUGAUGACCGCGGGCAAGACAAUCAAUGAUUCUUGAUAUAACUCGGUCUUUCUGCUCUAAAUGCCUUUUUUUUGGGGGGGGGAGGGGAGCUGUUGAACUUAAUGAGAUGUCUUUCUUGUAAAGAGAAUCGACAUCUAGGGAGCUUGAUGCCUUCUGCUGUUAUGUUGAUCCUUGGCAACCAUCUGGGAACACUAGAUGUUUACAAAUGCCAUAUAAUUUUGUGGUGUCUGAUUUUAGGGAUAUUGAUAUCAAAUGUUAUACCUUUUCCGUUAUGAAUUUUCAUAUUGAUCAUGUAAGUUUUUUUGAGAGUCAUGUAACCAACCAUCUUUUCUUAUAUUAUUGGAAGAGUUAAACUCCAAAUAACAACUACUUGAGAGGUCAAAUUCUUUUAAGACACCAUA